AUGCUUCAAGGUCUGGAAUUAUUUUCUGAAACAUCAGGCUUAUGGCCUAAUGAGUCGAAAUCAGCGGUCUAUUGUUGUGGGAUGAAAGAGCAAGAAGUUCAGAGAGCUCUUAAUGCUUCUGGUUUUUGUAAAAGUGACAUGUUGUUUCGGUAUCUUGGUAUCCCCAUUUGUUCUAAAAGGAUUUCUAGCAAAGAAUGUGAGAUCUUGCUGGAGAAGAUGGUGCAGCGCAUCAGGGUUUGGAGUUCUAGAAAUAUCUCUUUUGCGGGAAGAGCGACUCUGGUUAACUUGGUAUUGCUCUCCAUCCAUGUGUAUUGGUCCCAGAUAGUCCUACUGCCGAAAUUUGUUCUUAAAAGAGUUAUUGCAAUCUGUCGGGCUUUCUUGUGGAAGGGUGAUUAUUCGAGUCAUGCUCCGGGAUAUGUCUCUUGGGCUAAAGUUUGUCUUCCAAAAAAUGAAGGUGGGCUUGGUUUCAGGCAGAUUCAAUUGUGGAAUAUUGCAGCCAUAGGGAAGUAUAUUUGGGUUGUUGCUUCUAAAAAAGAUAAUUUAUGGGUCAAAUGGGUUCACAAUGUUUACAUUGGUGAGAUGGAUUGGUGGGAGUACUCGGCCCCGAACUCGAGUAGUUGGUAUUGGAAACAGGUGGUCAAGAUAAAAGAGAAGUUUAAAGCAAAAGUAGAUGUUGCUGAAUUUAUUUCAACAGAGUAUUCCAUUAACAAAAGGUAUAAAUCUCUCAUCUCUACUCAUCCAAAAGUAUCAUGGCAGCUUGAAGUUUGGAGUAGAAUGAGCGUACCUAAACAUCAUUUCCUUUUGUGGUUGGCUGUGUUACAAAGAGUUCAGACAAGAGAAAGACUCUUCAAGAUCCAGGUGUGGACUGAUGUGACUUGUUUGGUGUGUGGGAAGCAUGAUGAAACUUUAUACCAUCUAUUCUUUGAUUACUUCUUGAGCAGGUACUGCCUGGAAGAAAUUAAAAGGUGGUUGAAUUGGAACACCAAAGCUAUCUCUGUAUCUCAGUUAAUGAAAAGUAUUGUUCGGCAGAGGCAAAAUUGUUUCAGGAAGCAAGUUUAUGGAGGUAGCUUAGCAGCGAUGGUUUAUCUGAUCUGGCAAAAUAGGAAUGAGAUUUACUAG